AUGGAAGCAAACAGCAAGGACGCCGUCAGCGGACGCUGGAUCGAGACGCUCCGCGCGAUCUUCCCAGAGAGCGAGGGCUACACGCUCAACGUGACGAUCCACGAGCACCGGGGCUCUGAGAACCACGACGGCGACGACACCGAUGACAACAACUUCACAGUCUACGAGCGGCUGGCCGUCUAUUGCUCCGCGUACCAGGGCGAGAUCUUCAGCACAGUGCUAGAAUACAUGGAUCCUAGCAGCGUCGCGGAUUAUGCGAUUCGCGACCGCGCCAAAUUCUUGUUCAAAGAGUGGCCGGCAACCUUACUGCCUAUACCUAUGUAUGGAGGGGUCAUCGUCUUGAAUGAUGUGUUUGUGUAUGGGUUUCGGGCUUAUUGCAUGGAGCCAUGGUGUGACUUGGACCUAGUGUGCGACGACCCGCAGCACUUCAAGAAGGAAGAGUUUGCGCGGCUAUUUAGGCUGUCCCUGGACUUGGAGCUGGAGGUUGAGGGACUCCGUGUGGACAAUGCGCGUCAAUUCACGGCGUGGUUGGCGGGGUGGAAGGCCAGCCUGGUUGCGAAGGGCCCGGCCCGGAGUCUCUCGUUCCAGUCUCUGAUGCAGGUAUCUGGUCAGGCUCCAGAGGUAGGCGAGUCCAUUUGCCCUGCACUUGAGGGGAUGAGCUUAGGGGAAACACGAAUGGGCCCGCAUUGGCUGCACACUCCCGGAGGCGUUCUUCCAGAGGUCGAUGAAUUCAGGUUGCCGGGACUCAUGCAACGCCAUCUGGAGUGUUCCUUGCAAAGGCACUUGGUGCAGGAUAUCGAAGACGUAUGCCCCGGAGAGGAUAUCUCGCCUGGAUCUCUGUCACCCGGUUUCGAGGGCACUCGAGAGGACUUCCUAGUGGAGUGUCUCGGAGAUGCUCCGGAGCCAGCCCUGGACGGUCUUCCAGACUGCAUGGAACUGGAGCUGUUCAUCGAGGAGGCCACUCGGAACUCGUUGCUACAGUUGCUCGACGAGGAAGACCACGAGGAGUUUGACUAG